CACCGUAGGCCGUGUUGCUUCAUCAGACCCAGCAUGUUUGUGAAUAUUAAAUAUCUAUCAGCGCCGGUGGACAGUGGUGCUGGUCGGGCCUGCCCGGGCCGUGUGACCAGCUGGCUUGUUUUGAAACCAGACCUUCUGCUUGCUGGCGCUAGUUUAAGCAUCGACGUGUUGCAACCCCGCUUUGUUUACUGCAGAGGCUGAGCAUGUAAACAUGAGCAGCAUUAUCCCGUCUGAAAACGACCCGACAGGUUUUAGGAGGUCUAAGCUGCGUUUUCUCUUCUUCCCGUCUCCAAAUGAGUGAGGUUUGUGGUGGAAGUGAAGGUCUGGACGUUCAGACCUCUGACCAGGAGUCCCCCGCUGACCUGGAACUACGCUGGCAGGACCUGCUGGACCUCCUACAAUCUGAAAACACGGAUGUGGGACCACCAAGAGCAUUUGAAAGGAUAUCUGAUUCAGGAACACCUGGAAUGUUUGGAGGUGCUGGGACACAGUCUCAUCAGCAGCACUCUCAGGCAGCAUGCACUUGUUCCCCUACGGAACGAUUUUACAACCAACAGCACUAUGGAGACACGAUCCCGGCUGGGUUCCAGAUUAGAUGUUCAUCUCCUUGGUGUGUUUUAGGAAGUGAAAACCAGUCACUACAAAGCACACUACUCCUGACUCCCAGUGCAGAGCUGGAAGACCACAGUCCAGAGGACAUAAGGACCACUUUGGGAACCUCUAACAUGGACUCCCUACAACCCUCAGCAAUCCUGUUUGGACGUCCCGAAGAAAACGUCGUCUUGGGGCUGGAUGGAGACGAUAUCUUUACCAUGUCUGACUUGAGUCCAUUAACACAGGACUUUAUAAACAGAGCAGAGGCUGAUUCAUGUGAGGUACCAGCUGGGACCCCAACUUUAAAGAGUGACAGGACCUUUCUGUGUGAGGAGGACACAGAUGACCUUACCAGACCACUCAGUGAACUUUUAGAGAACUCCAACAUGUUAGAAGACAUAAGGCUGUUGGAUGUUGCACUGGACGAAGGACUCAUCCCCGAGGUGAUGACCAGACUAGAAGAGGAUGUACCGCUUCAUGACGACACAGAUGUAAGGGAACUCGGUAAAACAGAUGGUGAAGACGAGCUGGACUCGGACUCUGGACUUUCUUUGGACUCCAGCCACAGCCCUGCUUCUUCAUGUGUUUCUGGCAGCUCAGCUCAGUAUUCUUUCACUUCUACAUCAUCAAACUUUUCCUGUUGUGCAUCAGCUGUGGACGAUUUGUUCUCUGAAGAUGAAAGCAAAGGCUCAGAUCCAGGUGGGGGAGUGACUGUAAAGCUAGAGGAGAGGGCUGCAGAAGCUGUGGGACGAUGGGAAGUUGUUAGGAAUCUUUCCCAGACCAGCUUUGGAAAUGAACGGUUUCACAGUUAUUCCUGGAUGGAACAUAUUGUCCAUGAUCACACCUACAGCCAGGGGUUGUCCUCUGCAGGUUCUCAGAGGAACCCUAGGCAGACUAAAUCUACCCUGAAGCACGGCAGGACACCAUACCGACAUGUGUCUGGGACCAGUCGGGACGAGUGCCGCGCACGGACCUUCAAGAUCCCCUUUUCCAACGAGCUCAUCGUGCACCUGCCUGUGGAGGCCUUUAAUGACUUACUCAUCCAUUAUCAACUAGCCGAUGAGCAGCUCGCCCUCAUUAGGGACAUACGGCGGCGUGGUAAAAACAAGAUUGCUGCCCACAACUGCAGGAAGAGGAAACAGGAUGUGCUGCUGGGAUUAGAGAGUGAGGUGUCAAGUCUGAGGCGCCGGCACUCUCAACUACUCAGGGAACGAUGGAAAGUCAUCAGGCUUAUGAGCAAAAUCAAGCAGAGACUGGGACUGUUGUCCCAGGAAGUCUUCUGCAAUCUCAGGGAUGAAGAAGGAAGGCUGCUGGAUGCUGCGGCGAACACACUUCUCUUUGUACCCGAGGGUGGAGAGGCUGUGGCCUCAGACAACAGCAACAAGCAGAGGGACGAGAAGUUAAGGCCAACGUAUCUUCUCUGGGACAAAUGAACAAAAACUAGUCUUCAUAGUUCCAUAGAAAUGUGUAAAAUCUUGAGUUUUUAUGAAUGCUUAAAAAAAGGUACAAAUAAAAAAAUUCAUGUGAUGAACAGAAAAAAAGUCAAUUAUCAUUUCAGUGUUUUUACUUUUGAAGGACAAUUUCAAACAGCUGUUAAAAACGACUCAGAGCGGUCGUUUUUUUUUUCAGGUAAAUACAGGAAAUCUGCAUCUGUGGUUGUAUCUGUUGGGAUGUGCACGUAGAGACCUGGGAACCAGACCCGUGGUGUGCUGGACUCGACUGAAAUGCUGCUGAAAGACGUCGUGAGUCUUAAGUGUACAUGUGCAUCACAAAGGUGCACGAGGAGACUGGACGCGUCUGAUGGCUUGCCACCACUAACAAUCACAAUGACUGGACUUAACAGCCCAACUCUGGACGUGUCCCCGUCUAUCACCAGGGCAACCAGUUCCACGCUUACUGACAGUCUCCAGUUACCUGGUGAAUACAUGUGGAGGGGACGUGCCAACACCACGGAGCGAAUGAAGACAACAUUAGUGUUCCUUCUCAUGGUUUUGUUACCAGAACUGUUUGGUUUAUUACGUGCCACGUAUGCUGGCUGGUUCUCACGAAACGCUUUGUUCUCUAAAUAAAUGUGAUGAAUGAUUGGUAAACCUGGUAGACUCUAGGGUUGGGUUUUGUCAAGCUAACACGAGAAACAUCACUGCUGCAACUCUAUCAGGUUUGUAAUGAAUUAAUUCCUGUGCUUUAGGACGAUAAGCCACAAGGACCAUUCCGUUUUCUUGGAUUGCUCAGAAGAGCUGGUUUAACCACUGGUGAGCGAACAGCGAGUCAGAGGGGAGUCGAGUUCCUGCUCCUGCUAAUUUUAAACCAUUUUCUCUGCGGUUACUCUGCAGAAAUACUCUGGUAUUCCUGAGCAAAGUGUCCCGU